UCCGUAAUUGCUUCCGGCGACUUUCACAUAGAAUUAGAGAUCAUAUCCGUAUCUUUAAAUCACACAACAAGUCAUUAUGGACGCCGCUAAAUUAGCAAAGCUUCAGCAGUCAGUUAGAAUUGGUGGAAAGGGAACUCCCCGACGGAAGACCAAGAAAACCCAGAAGAACGCUGGUACCGAUGACAAGAAGCUGCAGGCUUCGCUGAAGAAGCUUAACGUCCAGCCCAUCCAGGGAAUUGAGGAAGUCAACAUGUUCAAGGACGACGGAAAGGUCAUCCACUUCGCCGCUCCCAAGGUCCAAGCUGCUGUUGCCGCCAACACCUUCGCCAUCUACGGAAACGGAGAGGAGAAGGACCUCCCCGAGCUUCUCCCUGGUAUCCUCAACCAGCUCGGCCCCGACUCUCUUGCCAGCCUGCGUCGCAUCGCCGAGUCCUACAAGUCACUACAGCUCGAUGGCAACAAGAAGGAGGAUGAGGAUGACGAUGAGAUCCCCGAUCUGGUCUCGGGCGAGGAUUUCGAUACCACAAAAGACGAUGUCGAAUAAAUAACGACAGAUCAAAGGAUGCUACAAUCGAGGCGAAUGGGGAAAAAAGUAUAGCUUAAUCAAUCAUUUAUGGUUAACAAUGUAUUGUAAAUUGUAUCCAAUGGUAAAAACAGAUAAAAAUAAACUCAUGCAACCUAAAAA